AUGUUUAAACGGCUUGCACAAGAUAUCAAGAUGAAAUGCAAGGUGUGUAAGGUUUUCCGCCACCAGCUUAAAGGACUCACAGAAUUUCAGAUCGUAAUGACUGCAAGAAGUAGCCAGGAUGCAGUGUCUGUGGAAGAAGAAACUGAGCAACGCAAAAUGUUUGAUCUCAAUCUUUUCAAGAACAGACAGGAUCGCUUCCCUAGGAAAGCAGAGUUAAUCACUUUAAGAAAGCCUAAAUGGAGAACAGAGACUGAAAUCAAGUACUUGUGCAGUUUACUGCAGACUCUUCGAAGCUAUCAGCUUUAUAGUAGCCAUCUUCAGAUGCUUCUGGCCAAGGUUUUCCGGUUUGAGAGGUUUGGAUGUAGAAGGGUGAUCAUCAGAAAGGGUCAUAUUGGAAGCAGCUUCUACUUCAUCUACUCUGGCUCCGUUGCCCUUUGCAAUGAUGAGGAUGGUAGCAGUGCCUUUCUAGAUCAAGAACCUCAGCUGCUGCAUAAAGGAGCUAAAUUUGGGGACAUUGGAAUGGUGACAGGCCAGAAAAGGAACGUCACAGUGGUCUGCAUGUCUGAAACUGAAUUUUUAGUGGUGGACAAGAAAGAUUUCUUUGCAAAUAAACUGGAUCAACAAUUGCAUAAAGAAUUUCAAUGUCGUUUUGACUAUUUCAGAUCUCUGGACAUCUUUUCUCACUGGCCUCCUGAGCACAUUAAAAACAUUGCAGAAAACUGCCAAGCUGGAGAAUUUCGCUAUGGCCAACUGAUUAUACAGGAUACCAGGGAAAGUAAAAGCAUUGCAUUUAUUACUGAGGGCACCUGUGAAGUAUUACGACUUGUGAAACUGAUUAAAUGCCCAUCUUAUCAUAGGUGGCUACGUGCUUCUCUAUCUUCUCAGCAUUCAUCCCUUCCAGAGAAGCUGAGCCACACAAUUCAGAAACCACCCAAAGAUGUAACCGAAAAGUGUUACCAGCCGCUGGAACCAAGUUGUGUAAAGCCAUCAUCUCAGCAGCCACAUUGGAGCGGCACUUCAAAGAUGCAUGCACAGAAGUUGUCUGCUUUGAAAGAAGCUGUAAUGCUGUGCUGUUCUGAAACGAGUGCAGACUGUGAUAUAAUACUCCUACUGACGGGAUCCCAGGGGAUGCUGAACCAGAAGAUGAUGCAGCACAGUACUGGCAGUGUCUCCUCACGUUCGGGAGCCGGGACCUGUGCAGUGGGAGCGGCGCUGACACAGUUUCAGAGCCUCCACGAUGAUGACCAGAAAGAUGAGCGCAGUCUGAUGUUGAAUCUGGCUUGGAAGUGGUUAAUAAAGGAUUACUGUACCUCUAUUCUCUGCAGUGACGACAUUCUGUGCAAAUUCUUCCUACAACAGAACGACUGGAAAAUGUUCAAGAGAGACUUAGUAAACUUGCUUGUUAAGCCCCUUAACCAUCAGGCUGAAAAGAAAAGGAGAGCAAAACACUUUCAGCCUCCACCAAGCCUAAGCCAGUCUGGUAUCUUAGAUUUGUGUUCUACCUUCCCAAAAAAAAAGGAGACAAAUGCAACUUCAGAACCAAAGGGCAUGUAUGGGUCAACUCAGGAAAGAAGACAAAACCCUUCCGAUAGAAAUGUAUACCUUGUUCAUGAAAUUGUUGUCCCUCGGCCCAGACUCGAUAGGAUAUUAUUCUAA